CCGCCGGCACCGCAAGGCCGUGGUGAGCGCCGGCGACAAGAAGAUGCCCAAUGGCAUCCUGGAGGAGCAAGCAGCGAGUGAUGCUGCUCAGCAGGUCCCCGUCGGGCCCCAAGAAGUACUUCCCUAUCCCGGUGGAGAACCUGGAGGAGGAGAUCAGGAUGCGCUCGGCGGAUGAAGGGAAGCUCUUCCGGGAGGAGUUUAACUCAUUGCCAACCGGCCAUGUGCAGGGAACAUUUGAAAUGGCAAAUAAGGAAGAAAACAGGGAAAAGAACAGAUAUCCCAACAUCCUGCCGUAUGACCACUCCAGAGUGAUUUUGACCCAAAUAGAUGGAGUCCCAUCUUCAGACUACAUUAACGCAUCCUACAUAGACGGUUACAAAGAAAAGAAUAAGUUUAUAGCGGCACAAGGACCUAAACAAGAAACAGUCAGUGAUUUCUGGAGGAUGAUAUGGGAGCAGAAGUCUGCAGUUAUCGUCAUGUUAACAAACCUGAAAGAAAGAAAAGAGGACAAAUGCUAUCAGUACUGGCCUGACCAGGGCUGCUGGACGUAUGGAAAUAUCCGCGUGUCGGUGGAGGAUUGCAUCGUCCUCGUGGACUACACCAUUCGCAAGUUCUGCGUUCAGUCUCUUCACGAUGGUUGUAAAGCUCCAAGGCUUGUUACGCAGCUCCAUUUCACCAGCUGGCCUGACUUUGGAGUGCCUUUCACGCCGAUCGGCAUGCUGAAAUUCCUGAAAAAAGUCAAAACACUGAAUCCUGCUCAUGCCGGACCAAUCGUGGUGCACUGUAGUGCUGGUGUGGGUCGAACGGGCACGUUUAUCGUUAUAGAUGCCAUAAUCGACAUGAUGCACGCUGAACAGAGAGUUGAUGUUUUUGAGUUUGUCUCAAGAAUACGGAAUCAGCGCCCGCAAAUGGUUCAGACUGACAUGCAAUAUUCAUUCAUUUACCAAGCCUUACUUGAAUACUACCUCUACGGGGACACAGAACUCGAUGUGUCAUCCCUAGAAAAACAUCUACAGACGUCACACAGCACAGCACCAAAUCUCGUCAAAAUAGGGCUAGAAGAAGAAUUUAAGAAACUAACCAAUGUUCGAAUAAUGAAGGAAAACAUGAGGACUGGCAAUCUUCCAGCAAACAUGAAAAAAGCCAGAGUCAUCCAGAUAAUUCCGUAUGAUUUUAAUAGAGUGAUUCUGUCAAUGAAAAGAGGUCAAGAGUAUACAGACUACAUCAAUGCUUCCUUCAUAGAUGGCUAUCGCCAGAAGGAUUAUUUCAUUGCCACGCAGGGCCCGCUGCCGCACACGGUGGAGGAUUUCUGGCGCAUGGUGUGGGAGUGGAAGUGCCACACGGUGGUCAUGCUCACCGAGCUCCAGGAGAGGGAGCAGGAAAAAUGCUUCCAGUACUGGCCAUCGGAGGGCUCUGUGACUCAUGGAGAAAUAACAGUAGAAAUCAAGAAUGACAGUCUUUUAGAUGCCAUCAGUGUAAGGGACUUCAUCAUUACAUACAGUCAGAGCAACCAGGAGAAGCAGAGCAGGCUGGUGCGGCAGUUCCACUUCCACGGCUGGCCGGAGAUCGGCAUUCCCGCCGAAGGGAAGGGGAUGAUCGACCUGAUCGCGGCCGUGCAGAAGCAGCAGCAGCAGACGGGAAACCACCCCAUCACGGUGCACUGCAGUGCUGGCGCCGGAAGAACAGGUACAUUCAUAGCACUCAGCAAUAUUCUGGAACGAGUAAAGGCUGAAGGGCUCUUAGAUGUUUUUCAAGCUGUGAAGAGCUUAAGACUGCAAAGACCGCACAUGGUGCAAACACUGGAACAGUAUGAAUUCUGCUACAGAGUGGUACAAGAUUUCAUCGACAUAUUUUCCGAUUAUGCUAAUUUCAAAUGAAAACUCCUGCCUUAUUUUUUAAGUUGUUGGUAUAAAUAGUUGUAUAUUCUGUUAAUUUAUUUUAUGUCACUCUUAUUGUUGACUUCUACUGUAAAUAGGACCUUGUGUUUGCUCUAAAAGUUGCAUUGCUGUAUAAAAUUUUCUUAAAUAUAAAUACCUUUAAAAGCAAAUUAUAAUAUUCAUAUACAGUAUAUCAUUCUAAAAAGCUAUGGAAAUCUUUAUUCUAAAUAACAGUAAAUUAAUUCUUGAGGGUUUAUUUCUUUGCAUUUUUUUCCCUUAGAAAUAUUUAUCAAUGUUAUUUCCCAAUUCUCGAAGCUUUAUGUAGCUCAUUACAUUUCAUACCAGACAGAUGAAUUGUGAUACAUAUGUUUUAGCUAAAUGUGUUUUCGCCAUAAAUCUUUCUCCAUUUCAGUCAGCAGCAAACAACAAUAUUCUUCAUUUGGGGGCACAUUCUGAUAAACUACUCCUGCUUAUUUGUAUUUUAUUUCCAAUAGUCUCAUUGAAGGUCAAGAGUCUGCUCAAUGAGUGAAGUGCUGUUAAUGACAGAGGUUGUCAGAAUAUGGCUCUUCAUGUGGGACAAUGCGCAGUCCAAGUGAAAAAUAGAACUGCUUUUAAAAUCUGUUUUUCUAAAAACUGCAGGUUGAUGGUGGUUCUGUUUUGUGUCUUACUGUCCAAGAGGUGUAAUCAUUAUGAAUACAGAUUUGAAGCGUUUAGUUUAAUUUAGUUUUCAAAGUCUAUUUUUAUUUUCAUUUUACACCAGCUUAAGUCAAUUUAGAGGUACAAUGAUGUGAGUUUACCACUAUUUUGAGAAUGUUUUGCAUAUCAGAGAGUGUAUUUUGCUGCAUCUGAAUUUGUCUACUUGAAGAAGCUUUGUAGCCAUUAUCAAAAAUUGAUAUAAAGCUUUGAUAGAUAUGUGCAUAGCUUUCCCCACUGAAAGAGAAUAAGAUGAAGACAGAGUAUCACUUUUUGAUUAAAAUCAACAGAAUUAGCAGUAUUUUGAAAAAAAAAAAUACUUUGCUAACUGCAUAAUGCUAGCAGUAAACACUGUAGCAAAAAGCUCUUUUAAAAUGUAUAUUCUUAAAAUAAACUCCCCAUAUAAUUGUCCAGAAAAAUGUUCCCUUUAUCCAAAGGAGAUAUAUGACUGUGUAUAUAGAUAUAUUUUUACUGAAAGUACUACUGAAAAUCUGAUUGGUAAAAUAAAUUUUAAAAAUCUUUAUCACAGUCCUGAAUGGGAUUUGCUGGGGUUUGGGAAAUCUGAAAAAAAAAAAAA